CCGCCCCCCGGGAAUGAAUGGAUGGGCGGCCUCAGCGCCCGCCCGACCGCUGGGAGGACCGACCCGGCGGGGACCUGCUGGGGGCAGGACCCGGGGAGCAAGAUGGCCACGGUCAUCCCCGGCCCCCUGAGCCUAGGCGAGGACUUCUACCGCGAGGCCAUCGAGCACUGCCGCAGCUACAACGCGCGCCUGUGCGCUGAGCGCAGCCUGCGCCUGCCUUUCCUCGACUCGCAGACCGGCGUGGCACAGAACAACUGCUACAUCUGGAUGGAGAAGACCCACCGAGGGCCGGGUUUGGCCCCAGGACAGAUCUACACAUACCCCGCCCGCUGUUGGAGGAAGAAGAGGAGACUCAACAUCCUAGAGGAUCCCAGACUCCGGCCCUGCGAGUACAAGAUCGACUGUGAGGCACCCCUGAAGAAGGAAGGUGGCCUCCCUGAAGGGCCGGUCCUGGAGGCUCUGCUGUGUGCUGAGACUGGGGAGAAGAAGGUGGAGCUGAAAGAGGAGGAGGCCAUUAUGGACUGUCAGAAACAGCAAUUGCUGGAGUUUCCGCAUGAUCUCGAGGUGGAAGACUUGGAGGAUGACAUUCCCAGGAGGAAGAAUAGGGCCAAAGGAAAGGCGUAUGGCAUCGGGGGUCUCCGGAAACGCCAGGACACCGCUUCCCUGGAGGACCGAGACAAGCCGUAUGUCUGUGAUAUCUGUGGGAAGCGGUAUAAGAACCGGCCUGGGCUCAGCUACCACUACACCCACACCCACCUGGCUGAGGAGGAGGGGGAGGAGCAUGCCGAGCGCCACGCCCUGCCCUUCCACCGGAAAAACAACCACAAACAGUUUUACAAAGAAUUGGCCUGGGUCCCCGAGGCACAAAGGAAACACACAGCCAAGAAGGCACCUGAUGGCACUGUCAUCCCCAAUGGCUACUGUGACUUCUGCCUGGGUGGCUCCAAGAAGACAGGGUGUCCCGAGGACCUCAUCUCUUGUGCAGACUGUGGGCGAUCAGGACACCCCUCAUGUUUACAGUUCACGGUGAACAUGACGGCCGCCGUGCGCACCUACCGCUGGCAGUGCAUCGAGUGCAAGUCCUGCAGCCUGUGUGGCACCUCGGAGAAUGACGGUGCCAGCUGGGCGGGUCUCACCCCCCAGGACCAGCUGCUGUUCUGUGACGACUGCGAUCGGGGUUACCACAUGUACUGCCUGAGUCCCCCCAUGGCGGAGCCCCCAGAAGGGAGCUGGAGUUGUCACCUCUGUCUUCGGCACUUGAAAGAAAAGGCCUCUGCCUACAUCACCCUCACCUAGGCCUGGUUCUGCUUCUCCCGGACCUGGACCUCCGGGCGGUGCUUGCCCUCCUGCCUCUCAAAGCUCCUCUCUCUCACCCUGGUCUCCAGCAGAGAGAGAAGGUGAAGCCCAGAGCGGGUUGGGCUUCCUCCCCUCUGCAAGUGGAAUGUUGGCCCUGCGGGCGGGAGGGUCCAGCACGGCCCUCUUCCUCCCGCCCUUCCUCCCCUUCCCAUCCCUUGGCAAAUGGGCACCAGGGGCUUCUGCUCCCCUCAAAGCCAUACCCCGCCUCUGGGCGGGCACGGGGGGGUAGUGGAUGCCAGCCGGGGGCAUGGACAGAGCCUUUUUCUAAAGAAAAAGACAAAAAGUUAAAAAAAAAAAAAAGAAAUUAAUAUAUACAAAGAAUCCUAUAAGGCCUGGCUGGGUGGAUGGGGCACUGCUGAGCGUCUGCUGGGCACCCAUCUCUGCCAGCUUCCUGCCUGGCACCCCUCCCCCCACCCCAUUUUUGGAGUUGCAGCUGUCCCACCUCCCUGCCUGAGGUGGGUACCAUUCCCCCUCCUGCCCAGGGCCAGUGGGCAUGGUGUCCACCCCUUGCCCCCUCCUGGUGCCCACGUGGAUACUGCAUGAUGUGAACCAUGGUUUUGAACUCUUCCUGCCCCUCCCUGACAGCCCUGCCCUGUGCCCACCCGGUGCCUGCCAGGCAGGCGGGUGGCCAGGGAGGCCGGUGGGGCCAGGUGGGCCCCUGCCAGCGCCCGCUGGAGUGAGAAGCACAGACUCUGCAAUGGACUCCGUUUUCCUCCUUCCCGGCCCUCUUCCCACCCGGCCAGGCCGGGCUGCCCCCUGCUCCCCUUCGCUGGCCAUUUUAGGGGUAGCGAGGGGGUGUGGUUGUUUCUUGUGGUUGUGUGUGUUUGUUGUUCGGGUUUUAAAAAAAGGGAAAUUGAGACUGCAAGUGGGGAAGGUGAAGGUCUGGGGGAUCUCCCCCAUCCCGCAUUGCACCCACCCCCUUGUAAUCGAGUCUCCUUUAUUGCCUGCCUCUGCUGUGAAUUAACUUGUUCUGUGUAUUAAACUGGGCCUGACCCCUCUGCCCA